CACUUAACCCCACAGCUGAUUUCCUCGCCGGCAAAUGGAAUAAAAACAUUGAAUAAUCCGGAAACCGAAAGAAUGCUGAACUUAUCCGUGGUGCUGCGGGUGCAAUCUACGGCAAUCCGACGGACUGCAUCCUUCGCUACAGCGGCGGCGGUCAAGACCAAACCGAAACCGAAACCCACAAAGGGUCAGCCCAAAAAGCAGAAGGAGCAGCCCCUAAUCUCCUGCAAAAGAAGCCAGUUCAAUUUAACCCAGCACGAGCAGGAGGAUGCCAAAUUUGGAAGCCUUACUCUGGCCUCCAAGGGCUGGUUGCACAACAAAUCCAAGGGAGAUUACUUUAUCCUGAAUGCCAGUGUGCGAGGGGAACAACUUCAUCAUGAAAUGCAGCCAGUUGAUGGGUUUCUGGACUCCUCUGGGCUGCAGAUUCAUCCCCAACUGCUGGACAAUCUUCGAGAUGAACUGGGCAUAAAGCUGCUGACGGGCAUCCAAAAGCAGGGAAUGCCAAUUGUCCAUGGGAAGGAACACUGUCUGAUAGCUGCGGAAACUGGAUGUGGAAAGACAGUUACAUAUCUACUGCCCAUCCUGAACAAGCUCCUCCAAAGAGUGGGUGCCGAUAGGAAACUCAACUCUCCCCGAACACUGAUCCUCACUCCGGGCAGGGAGCUGGCCACCCAGAUAGCCGGUGUCGCAGAGAAGCUCAGUCAGGGCACCAAUCUCAAGGUGCAAUCCCUGCUAGGAGGCAACACCAAGCAGCUGAUGUUGAGUCCGCAGUUCGAGGAGUUGGAUAUUCUAGUGGCCACUUUGGGUGCCCUCAGCAAACUGGUCACCACUGGCAUCUAUCGCAUGGAGCACGUUCGCCAUCUGGUUCUCGAUGAAGCGGAUACCCUUCUAGAUGACACGUUCACGGAUAAGCUGACCUACUUCCUGAGGAGAUUUCCCUUCCAUUUGGUGCAAAAGGAGGAGACUGGCACCCAGCUAAUCCUGGCCUCGGCCACCAUGCCCACCAACACCAGGGAGAUCCUGCACAAAGUCAUUGAUGUGGACACCAUUAGGGAGGUAGUGAGUCCGCAUCUCCACCACCUGAUGCCCCAUGUGACCCAGAAGUUCCUGCGCAUGUCCAAGGCCGAUCGGCCAGCCCAUCUGCUCACGCUUGUCAAGCAAGAUCUUUCAAAGCGACGACCACUGAUUGUGUUCAGCAACAAGUCCACCACAAGUGACUAUGUUUCCAUCUUCCUGAACAACAGUGGAGUGAAUUGCCUCAAUCUCAACGGAGACAUGCUGAUGAAGAUCAGACUGGGCCGUUUCGAGCAGUUCCAGAACGGCCACUGCGACGUCCUCUCCACCACAGAUGUGGGAAGUCGCGGUCUGGACACCACCAGAGCGCGGCAUGUGCUCAACUUUGACUUUCCGCUCCAUGUCUCCGAUUACAUCCAUCGGUGCGGCAGGAUUGGGCGAGUGGGCAACAACUUGGACAAUGCACUGGUCACAAACUUCAUAUCCUCACGCCGCGAAAUCGACGUCGUCCAGAGGAUCGAACAUGCCGCGCGAACCGGUGGCCUGCUGCCAAAUGUGAAUGCCAACAUCAGGAACAUUAUCAACAAGCGAAUUGUGGCUGAGAUGAAGGCGGCAGGAGUUCCAGUUCCGGUUUUGGGGCCAACCAAUGGUCAUCAAGCACAAGAAGAGGCCUUCUAGUCUUGUAGUUUUAAGUUUUGCGAGUAAAUAGUUUUGUUUUCACUAUGAUAAA